UUUUUGCAGUUUGCACUCUAAUGGAAAAAUGUGUAAUCUUUCUAGUAAAAAGCGCAAGUAGUUAUGCGUUGGCAUCUAUUGACAACACUUGAAGUAGAAGAGGUGAGAUAAAUAGCCUGCAUCACAUCUGAGUAGCUUUAGGACCAUGGUGCACCUCGUAGUCCGCGCCGACUGAGUGUUGUUUUACUGCGUUUCUUCAUGUGCCGCCGCUGAAGCGCUCGGUGUGAUGGACACGUUCUCAUUUCAACACUUUCACAACCACUGGAAACGCAUAUUUAAAAGUUAAUGCCUCCAACGGCCAAGAUGAUAGCUUCUUUUAAUGUGAUCACCUCGUCCAUUGCCCAUUAUGUGUUUCUGCUGGGAAUGCUGUGCACUACAUGCAUCGACGUCUCUCAAAGUUUCGAGGACUCAGUAUCAGGCUACCAGACCAGCACGCAGAGGAACUACUCUGAGCUGGCCUGUGACGGGGAGCUUCUCUCUGUGCGCUGCCCACCGCGCUCCACCAUCAGUGUCCAGUCAGCCUUCUACGGCCGCAGGGCCUCUAUCCCCCUCCAAUGUGUCCUUAGCAACCACUCCCCUAGCGCCCACUUGGUGGCAGCCAGAGAGGACGUCUACUGCACCAUGCAGACAGCCCUGCAGAAGGUUCUGUAUGAAUGCCAGGACAGGAGGAGUUGUCAUCUGCCAGUCAGCAGUCGUGUCUUUGGGACGGACCCAUGUCCCAGUCACAGCAAAUACCUCAUUGUGUGGUACAAAUGCAGGCCAAAUGACUACCGCACUAAAGUGGUGUGUGAGGGGGAGAGGAUGAGGCUGAGCUGCCGGCGGGGCACACUGAUUGCCGUCUCCUCUGCUGUGUUUGGGGGGUCACCGCGGGCCACACACCAGUGCUUGCCACCGCCCGACCACCUGGAACCCGCCGGAGAUUGCCAGUCAGAAUCCACUCUCCAGGUCGUGACCUCUUAUUGCCAUGGCAAAGGGAGUUGUUCUUUCCUGGUCUCAAGCCAGGAAUUUGGAGAAGCCUGUUCCCCCAACUACCAUUAUUAUCUCAGCAUCAUCUACACCUGUGGUGAGUUGCACAUUUGAGGCAUAUAUCGCUUUGACCACUAGGGGGUGGUAAUCUCUCAGCUUCUUCCAUUUCCAUAGAUUACUUACUGAGCCUUGCUGAUUGGGGGAUUUUAUUCAACACCACAUUGGCAAACACUCACAUAGCGCCGGAUGGAAUUCUAUACCUUACCACAUACCAAUACCACUUAGAACACCAUAUACCACACUUAUCAAUCUUUCCCCCAAAGCUGG